AUGCCACCCACUACGCAGGUUGAUAUUAUAGAGCAGUUGCUGAGCCACCUGGAGCUAGCCAAGGGGCAGAACACGCAGCUGCGAGAGGGCCUGCUGCGGGCCCGGCACCACACGCCUUUGCUGGUGGUCAACCCCCUCGGCGGGCCGCGCAACACUGAGUGGCAACUGGCAUCGCUUCUGUCAGCCCUGCUGUGCGUGUGGGCGCUUACCCGCAGCGCAAGGGGACGGCGGCGGGAGCGGCAGCUGCAGCAGCUGCUGCGCGACAAGGAGGCUGCCUGGCGUCGCUGCAUCGACUUUCUGGCACGAUCAGCGGAGCAGACUGCUGCUGGCGCAGCGUUGCCUGAGGUCGAAGUGAACGGCCAGACCGACACGGACCAGCAUCGGUGGCGCGCCCACCUGUCUGAGGCCGUCGCGGCGCGCUGCGACGGCGUCAAGCGCGCGCUCGACCAGCGCGACGGCGCGGCGAUGCUCGCGGCGGCGCAGGCGCUGCAGGAUGACGCCCAGGAGCAGCAGCGCGUGCGCCACGACCAGCGGGCGCGCACCCCGCUUGCCAAGUCGCCGACGCCGCGCCGGCGCGGCGCGCCGGAUGCAGCUGCGGCGACUGGCGACGCCGCGGCGGCGCUGCGCGCGGAGUUGGCGGCGCUGGGGCAGCAGCAGCAGGAGGCCGAAGUCCUGCGCGCCAAGCUGGCCUCACGCGUCGCCGCGCUCAGGGAGCGCGCGGCGGAGCUUGGGGAGCUGCACUCGGAAAAGAAGGCGCUGGAGGACAAGGUGGCGUCCCUGCAGGCCGAGGUUGCAGGCUUGGAUGACCUGCGGCGCGAGCACGCGUCACUCGAGGCCGCCGCGGCACGGGGGGAGGGCCUUGCCGCGCUGAACAGCGAGCUGCGCCUCGCCCUGCUGGGCGCGGACGGCGCAGCCGAGGAGCACGCACAGCUGUCGCGCGCGGCGUCAGAGGUGGAGGCGCUGAUCGCGCAGAGCGGGGAGCUGCGGGAGCGGCUGCAGGAUGCAGAGGGCGUGCAGGCGGAGCACGAAAGGCUGCUGGAGCAGGUGCAGGAGCUGGAGCAGCUGCGGGCAGAGAAUGCCGACAUGGCGGCGCUAGUGGCGCAGCUGCAGGUGCUGCGUCGCGAGCGGACUGAACUGGGGGAGCUGGUGCAGCAGGCUGAGGCGCUGCGCGUUGAGAACGCCGCAUUGCACCGCCGCAGCGCGCGGCUCCCUAUUCUGCAGGAAGAGAACGAGCGGCUCCAGGCCGACGCUGGUUCUGUGGAGGACCUGCUGCGCCAGAACGCAGAGCUGCAAGCCGAUGCUGAUGCCGCCCAGGAGCUGCGCGAAAGGGCCACUCGCCUGCGCGAGCAGGCCCUCCGCCUGCCGGCGCUGCAGCACGAGGCGCGCGACGCGGAGCGCGACGCGCGGGAGGCCGACGCCGCGCGCGCCCGCGCGGAGCAGGCCACCGCCGCCGCGGCCGGCGCGCGGGCGCGCGCGGAGGCGCUGAGGGCCGAGGCCGCGGAGGCGCUCGCGCUCAGGCGCGAGGCGGACGAGCUCGCGCCCGCGGCGGAGGAGGCGCGCGCGGCGCGGGCGCGGGUGCAGGCGCUGCGGGCGGAGGCGGAGCGGCUGCCGGCCCUGCUGGAGGAGCUGCGCCGGGCGCAAGCAGAGGAGGAGGAGGCGCGGCAGGCGCAGUCGGCGCUGCAGCGAAAGGCCGCGGAGGUCGAAAGCCUGCGUGCCCAGUGCGGGGCGCUGGCCGGCGCGGCCCGCGAGGCGGAGCGGCUGCGCGCCGAGGCCGACGCCCUCCGUGCCGAGGCAGGGGAGCUGCAGCAGCUGGCGCGAGACGCGGAGGACCUCAAGAGCCAGGUGUCCGCCCUGCGCGCCGCAGCCAGCGAGGCGCCGGCCCUGCAGGAGGAGGCGGAGCGCCUCGCCGCCGAGCUGCAGCAGCGGGGCGCCAGCGACGCCGCGCGGCGCGCGGCGCUCGAGGCGCAGUGGCGCGAGGUGAAAGAGCGGGGGCAGCAGCUGGAGACUGAGUAUGGGCGGCUGGCGGCGAUGCGGGAGGAGCAGGAGGCGGCAGCUGCGCGGGCGGGCGAGCUCCGAGAGCAGGUGGCGCGACUUCGGGAGGCCGCGGCCGCGCUGCCGGGCCUGCAGGAGGAGCACGACAAGCUGCUGCUGCUGGCUGACAAGGCGGCGGGGCUGCGCAGCCGCAACGCGCAGCUGAGCGAGCAGGCGCUGGAGCUGCCGUCCCUCAAGAAGAUCCAGGGGGAGCUGAAGCAGCAGGUGCAGGAGCUGCACUGCAUCAAGGAGGAGGUCGACGCGAUGAAGGCGCAGGGCCAGGACUACAUGCGUGCAAUCAGCGGCGCGUCCGGCUCCCAGGGCGCAGCCGCGUCGCCCCGGCCCCCGCGCGCCCCAGGCACGGCGUCUGCAAAGGAGCAGCAGCAGCAGCAACAACAACACGCGCUCUCGCAGCAAGCGCGGCAGCCGCAGGAGCAGCAGCAGCAGCAGCAGCAUCGGCAUAGCAGCACCGGCGACCAGCGCCAGACCACCCCCCGGCCAGCGGUCGCGCAGCCCCAUGUGGCAGCCACGCCCUCCACCUCUGCUCGCACGCCCUCGCCCUCGCCCUCCGCGCACCUCGACCUCUCGUCGCUCCUCGGCGCUGCCGCGGGCGCCGCCGCGGGCGCAACGCCGGCGGCGCAGGCGCGCGCGCUCGCGGCCGGCCUGGGCGGCCUCAGCCCGAGCCUGUUGACGCCCUCGACCUUGGCCGCGAUCUCCGCCGCGGGUGCGGCGGCGUGGCAGACGGGGCAGGCGGCGCCGCGCGGCUUGGCCAGCGCGGGCGCAGGCGCGGGCAGCGCGGCGCCGGGGUCGCCGAGCGGCAACCUGGCGGCGAUCCGUGCAAAGCUGCAGGUGCUGAAAGACCAGCUGGCCUCCAAAAUGGCGACGGCCAGCACCGAGAAGCGCGCCAAGAUCGAGGCGCAGCUCGCGCGGUUGGAGAAGAACCUCGCAUACGUGGAAGAGCAGCGGGGGCUUGCCCAGCAGGCCAUCCGCUACAGCAUGGCGUCGAUCACAAGCCCGAGCGCAAGCAGCGCCAGCGGCGGCGCGCCCGCCGCGUCCACGCCGCGCGCGUCGGCGGCCAGCAGCCGUCUGCAGAGCCACUAUUCGGCGUCGGGCUCCAAUUCGACGCCUGCGGCGGCGGUGGCGGCGGCGGCGGCGGGAGCAGGCGCGUCCGGCGCGGGGGCUGCGGGCGUGACGCCUGUGGGCAGCAGGGGCGGCUCGCGGCGAACCAGCGACGCGGCCGGCGGCGGCGGGGGCAACGGGACGCCGUAUUACACGCCUCCCGCGCCGCAGCACCAGCGGUCGUGGGGCAGCAGCCGCGGCGGCGGCGGCGGCGGCGGGGCCGGCGAGUAG